CCCUCAAAAUAAACCAAUAAAAAUAUUGACAUGUAAAAGCAGUAGCGGAUUUCUCUUAUUCAGAAUUCAGAAGGAAUCAACAAUGUUGUAUGCAACAAGGUUUAUGGUUUCUGUUCGUCAAAUCCCUAAUUUUGUUCCACUCUCCACUCUUCCUCCUUCCUGGACAAGCCUUCACUUUCAUUCUGAGCCUCCAUCCCUUGCUGAAGUUGACGAUGCUGUUGAUUCCUUUACUCGCAUGCUCACUAUGCGUCGUACUCCUCCCAUCAUCCAAUUUAACAAGAUUUUGGGAUCCCUUGCCAAGACGAAGCAUUUCCACGCCGCCGUUUCCCUUUUUCAGCAAUUGCAAGCCAGGGGAAUCGCUCCCGACUUUUUUACUUUAAACAUCUUAAUCAAUUGUUGUUGCGGCAUGGGUCGUAUGACGCUUGCUUUCUCUGUAUUGGCCAAGAUUUUCAGGAUGGGUUUUCAGUCUAAUACCAUAACGUUCACAACAAUCCUGAAAGGUCUCUGUCUCUGUGGUAAUGUUGAAAAAGCAAUGCACUUCCAUGAUAUAGUGCGGGAUCAUGGAUUUCAGCUUAAUGAAGUCACCUAUGGGACCUUGGUUAAUGGACUUUGUAAGGCCGGACACACAGCAGCUGCUAUUCAAGUGUUGAAAAAGAUCCCACAGUAUGGGAUUGUUCCUAAUGUUGUCAUGUACAGCGCAAUUAUUGAUAGCCUCUGCAAGGAUACACUUGCAGCCAUUCAUAUACUAAAUCAUAUGAUGCUCAAAAACAUUACUCCAGGUGUUCGGACCUAUAGUAUUUUGAUCGAUGGGCUAUGCAAGGAAGGAAAGAUCAAAGAUGCUAACAACGUGUUGGCUGUGAUGACAAAACAUGGUGUGAAACCAGAUGUGGUUACUUAUAACAGCUUAAUGGAUGGGUAUUGUUUGGUUAAGCAGGUAAAUAAGGCAAAAUAUGUAUUCAACACAAUGGCCCAAAGUAGUGUGUCUCCUAAUGUUUGUAGUUACAAUAUUAUGAUUAAUGGCUUGUGCAAAAGUAAAAUGGUCAAUGAUGCCUUGAAUCUCCUUGAAGAGAUGCGUUGCAAGAACUUGGUUCCCGACAUAUUUACUUACACUACUUUAAUUGAUGGCUUGGGAAAAUCAAGGAGAAUCCUUUGUGCUGUGGAGCUUCUUGAAAAGAUGCAUGAUAGAGGUCAACAUGCUGAUAUAUUCACUUACAAUUCCUUGCUGGAUGCUUUGUUCAGUAUGAAACAACAUGACAAGGCACUUAUGUUAUUCAAUCAAAUGAAAGAGAGUGGUAUUGAUCCAAAUAUAUAUACAUACAGCAUACUUAUAGAUGGCUUGUGCAAAAGUGGAAGACUUGAAAAUGCAAAAGAGAUAUUUCAAGAUCUUUCCAUUAAAGGCUAUCGUCCAGAUGUGAAGACAUACACCAUUAUCGUCCAGAUCUUUCCAUUUCAUAUUAAUGCCUUUAAAUAUUCACAUGAUUGUGAUUCUUUAUUCUGCUUUACCCACACCUAAGUGUUUUCUUUGCCGUUGCUUGUUUUACGGCAUUUUCGGUGACUAGAUGGCUGUUAUAUGUGGCUUGGCGGAUCUAUCAUUGUUUGCUUUUGUGUUUUUGUAAUUAUAUAUGUGCAUUGAUG